AUGAUAGCCACCAGCAGGACGUUUGCAGCCUCCAGGAAAUGGAACAACUUAAUAGAGUUCCAGGUUGUGCAAAAAGAAGCGAAUGCCGUUAUUUUGGAUGUAGUUGAUGACGUCACUACAUGGAAAGAAGGUGACCGUUUGGUAUUGACGUCCACUGAUUAUGACAUGGAAAAAGCCGAGGAGACAAUAGUGGUCAGAUGUGAUGAAUGUACAGACAAACAAGUGAAUGUAUCACUUCAACCAAAAUUCAUGCACUUUGGUGAAAUCGAUACAAAUAUUGACAUGAGAGGAGAGGUGGCGCUUCUAUCAAGAAACAUUGUCAUAGAGGGCGCCAUGAAUAGUUACUGUCCCAGUGUAAACGAGAAUUGCAAAACAUACAACUACGAUACAUUUGGUGGUCAUAUCAAGGCAAUUAAAGGUUUUAAGGAUGUGCACAUUGAAGGAGCUGAAAUACGGCAGAUGGGAAAACAGACAGAUCUUGGGCAUUAUCCCGUUCACUUUCACAUGUGUGAAGAUGUCGAUGGAGACGACUACCCAAAUCCACCUUACGUCAGAGAUAAUGCAAUCCAUCACACCUUUGCUAGGUGUAUCACGGUCCACGGCACACACGGGGUCACGGUGAUGGACAAUGUUGCCUACGAGUCUAUAGGACAUUGCUAUUUCCUAGAAGAUGGAGGGGAGAAGAGGACAGUCUUUGAUGGUAAUUUGGGCGCAAACACUAGACGCGGAAGUCUCAUACCCCUGGAUAGACGGCCAACUACAUACUGGAUAACAAAUCCGCAGACAACCUUCCGGAAUAACGUUGCGGCAGGAAGUCAGGAUUUGGGUAUUUGGUUUAUUUUUCCUGAUUUGCCUCUCGGACCUUCCGCGGACAAAGGCUUUAUGAAGAUGUUUGAAGCUCGCUAUACCGCUAUAACGGAGUUCACCAACAACGUUGCUCAUUCAAAUAAGAAUGGUAUAUUCAUCGAUGACCGGAUAGAUUUGGUGACAGAAGAGAUCGACUCCUGUAACAGAUAUCAACCCAAAGAAGACCCUUCUGAUCCAACUUCUGCAGACAAGAAUGUAAUCAUUGACCGACUCACAGCAUACCACAACAGAGAUAAUGCAUGGUUAAGAGGGGGUUACAUUACAGUUUCAAAAGCCUCGCUUGGUGGAAGUCUGACAUCCAUGCUUUUUGCGAGAAACUCGAGACAGGAACAGUUCAUGGAAAAAAGUGUAAUAAUUGGCGAGACCAGAAAUAUUGGCGACCCAACACGAGCAUUCGGAUCAGAUGGCUGGAAGGAUUUGCCUCGCUCGGUACCACAUCAGUAUAAAUACAAUUUGCCUUUGCAAGGAUUCGCUUUCUAUGACGGACCUGUAUUCAUUUCUGAUAUUUACUUCGACAAAUAUACGCCCAACGAGUACCGCAAAGCCGGCGCAAUAGGUUUCAAACGAUUUAACGAUGCAGCUAGUUCCGCUAUAAGUGGAGCUACAAAUAUUCACUUUGGAUUUCCGGACGGGCUGCUCACGGGAAACAGAGUGUACGAUGGAAACAGCAGUAUAUACGGCUUUGGUGACCUGGAUGGUGACCUUGCUGCAAAGUUCAGAGACCUGGACGGUUCGGUUACCACUGAUCCGUUGAGUACUGUUGUAAGGCCCUUCUCAUUCCUGACAACGCCUGACUGUACUAUGAAGUCAGCAUGGAAUGCGAUGAUCUGUCCUUAUAGAUACAUGACGUUGCGCUGCCUAGACACAUCAAAAACUAAAACAGAACUGAAGCCGAUGUUUGUAAGAGAUGAUAUUCCAGACACUGUUUGGCACUCUACUCUUCCUCAUUUCCGUGGCUAUCCACUGAUCAGUGGCGGCCACUAUAGCUACUCUAUCUACUGGCCGGAGAAGUCCCCGUCUGAGUUCAUGCUCAUUCCUAAGGAGCUGGAAAAAGACUAUCCUAUUCGUGUCGGGGUUUGUCUGCCACUUAACGCCACAAUCGACCUGAAGACGUGGUAUCCCAAACGAUUCGUCGGACUGGACCAGUGGACCGAGGUAGACAGUGUUCACGACAUCGACGAUGAUACCGACGGCGGCAAAUAUUUCCGUAACAGAACCUCGGGUAUGCUUUACGUCAACCUGUUUACGAAUGAAGUACGAGAGGACGGAGACACCAAUCAAUGCGCUGGUGACAUAUGUAUGGUGAUCAGAGUAUAUGUCGAAGCGAACGACAUGAGUACUGCCCAUUGUAGAGAGCGGGACACGCCCACUCCUCCGGCUAAGCGAUCCGUUGCCAAGAAAAGGAGUGAUGACAAUUUAUCAUUUGACACGUACUACAACGGCCCAGAACCGGACUGGGGAGCAGGUGCUACCGUUCCUUUUACAACUAGAGGUCCGAUUGACGGAUGGUACAGCGACUGGGGCGAAUGGGGGAACUGCAGGCCAGACAUGACGUCAGUGAGGACGCGCACCUGUGAUAAUCCAAUUCCGAGAAAUGGAGGCAAUGGUUGUCGUGGCCCAAAAACAGAGGCACAGGAUUGUGUAUAAGAUUAAUGGUAAAUUGAUAUCGGCGAUUCGGAACCUGCAAGUGGACGGCUAGAUACAACUCUAAAUGGACGUGUUAUAAUCUCAUAUGUCUUUAUAUAUAACAAUGUAAAUAUUAAACUCAAUAAAUGAUAUAUACAGGU